GUGUCGUGCUAGGCUACUGCUGAAGUUCCUUUAGGGUUGUUGACAUUCACCACAGCAUCUUGACUCGGUGUGAAGUCAGUGUUCUACUCAGCGGCGUACAUUCUCUUGAGCCAGGAUUCCUUCAAGUGUCGAGACUUUCUUCAAAUACGAUAGGGAAGAAAGGCUGUGAGUGAGUGAGCCCUGAAGUGACAGACAUGGCCUUGGGCUUUAUGUCCAGACUGGAGGAGCUGCUGGUUUCCAAACGUCAGGCUGUGUGGAGUUUGGUGGAGCAGACCCUCAGACGGUGGUCCUCCCAGGGGCUCAUACCAGCCCGUCGCUUUCUACACACAUGGUGGCGGCUCGGGGAGUUCUAUCAGAUGACGGAGGGCCGGCUGUGCCUGGUGCACCUGCUGGAUGACAGGAAACUGGAGCUGCUGGUUCAGCCGAAGCUCUUGUCCCGGGACCUGUUAGAUCUUGUGUCCUCACACUUUAAUCUUAAAGAAAAGGAGUAUUUUGGAAUAUCCUUUGUCGAUGACACCGGUCAGUGUAACUGGCUCCAGCUGGAUCGCAGGGUACUUGAUCAUGACUUCAGUAAGAAAACCGGUCCAUUGGAGCUCAAGUUUCUAGUCAGGUUUUAUAUUGAGAAGAUAACAUACUUGAAGGAGAAUACAUCAGUGGAGUUAUUUUACCUAAACGCUAAAUCAUCAGUCUUCAAUGAGGUCAUCGAGGUGGAGAGUGAACAUGUAUUCAAAUUAGCUGCAUACGUUUUGCAGGAGGCUAUAGGAGACUACACAAGUGUUGAAAGCUCCCGGUUAGAACUGAAGAGGCUCCAUGUCCUGCCCACCAGAGUCCUGAGAGAGCACCCAUCCCUGGCCUACUGUGAAGACCGAGUGAUCGAGCACCACGAGAACCUGAAGGGUCUCAGCAGAGGGCAAGCCGUCGUGCAGUAUUUGGCCUUGGUGGAGUCCCUCCCUACAUACGGAGUCCACUAUUACCCGGUCAAGGACAAGCAGGGUCUGCCGUGGUGGCUGGGUGUCAGCUGUAAAGGCAUCGGCCAGUAUGAUGUACAGGACAAGUUGAAACCCAGGAAGUUGUUUCAGUGGAAGCAGCUGGAGAAUUUGUAUUUCCGUGAGAAGAAGUUUGCAGUUGAGGUGAACGACCCUCACAGGAGGCCGGUAUCCAGGAGGACGUUCGGUCAAGCAGGAUUGGUCAUCCACACGUGGUAUGCCAGUCACUCUCUGAUUAAGACCAUCUGGGUGAUGGCCAUCAGUCAGCACCAGUUCUACUUGGACAGGAAGCAGACCAAAUCCCAAGUUUCCAAGGCCAGAAGUUUGGGUGAUAUUGCCAUGGACCUGAACGAGGUCGGAGCACCCAGGAUCAGUAAGCUGUCCAGCAUUGGGAGUAAAAACCAGCUCAUCAUGGCCAGCAACGGAUCCCUCAUCUCAGCGGGGUCAGCAGACUCUGAAGUGAGCGAGGAGCAGAAGAAGGAGAAGAUUGCUGACCUGAAGAAGAAAGCAAAAGAUCUCCAGGACACUCUGACUCAGAAAGAGGAGGAGCUCAAGAACAUAUGCCUGCGAGAAUUUGAGCUGACAGGUAGGCUGCCAAAAGAGUACCCUCUGGCCAAGGGUGAGAAGCCCCCAGUGGUCCGGCGACGCAUAGUGACAACCUUCAAACUAGACGACCUCUUUCCCUAUGAUGAGGAUCCCCAUCUGGGAAACCUGGAGAGCAAGUUUGCCCUGCAGCAGAAGAUUGUGGAGGCGGCCAAGAAAUUGGCCGGCGAGACUGAGCUCUCCAAGACGGUGAAAAAGAAAAGAAGGAGAAACUGCCUGGACGCCAUGAAGACGCUGCAGGACGUUGAGGAGGAGAUCAACAAAUACCGGAUCAAGAUAGGCAAGAAUCCCACUCAGAGGGCAUCGAUAAUAAUCGCAGACAACGUUGACAUUGCAGAACUCAGCUCCCUGUCAGACAGCAUUACUCUGGAGGAUGAUGAGGAACCGGGAGAGCACAGGCCGCGGUCCCGCUCGAUACAGUACUCACCCCGGGCCCAGCGCUCCGAGACCCUGGCUCUCCACUACCAGUCUGACCGACGUGCCUCCACACUGGACCAGCUCCAAGACUUCGGACCUGACAGCAGAUUAAAUAAUGGCGAAGUCCAGGAAUCGUUCCAAUACAGUCACAGCGAUGCCUUAUCGAGCCACAGCAGCCCUUACCAGCCGGCGUCCAGGCAGCCACGUGACUCCCGCAGCAUGCCGCCCACUCCCCUCCUCGCACGCAACGCCUACAGUAGCACCCAGCUCAGGUCAGAUGGCGACCCGCAUCAUUUCCGCCAGCGGAGCGGCAGCCUGGAGUCCCAGUCUCGGUUCCCGGUCGAGGCCCCGCCCCCGACGGCAACGCUCGUCCCCGCGCGCCGCAGCAACAGCACGGACGUCCUGGACGACGGCUCGUCCUACACCAGCCAGUCCAGCGCCGAGUACGCGGCGCCCGGGAACCACGUCCGGCGCCCGCGGCACGGCAGGAAGGGCCACGUCUAUGCCAACACGGGCAGCAUGCCCAACCUGUUACAGGCCGACACCCGCUACAACGCCUGCCAGCCCCACCGGGCGCCGCGCCCCACCACCACCGCCUACUACGUCACAGGCUACCCCUGCUACACUGAGCCGGAGCCGCACCUCAACGGGGUCUACGCCUACGACCACCAGCUGGAGGGCCAGUACAGCGUCAACCCCUCCUAUCACGCCACGUCGGCCUACCGCGGACAGGACACGUACGGUGGUCGCUACGGUGACGACGAGAUGGACAGCAUGGCCCAGAACCCCUACGCCACCAUGAGGCCGCCCCGGAACCGCCAGCCUCCACCCAGAACGGAGCACGUGACCAGGAACGUCCAGAAGGCGCUUGUGGCGGAGCACCUGAGAGGCUGGUACCAGCGCAACACGAGCCACAAGCAGCCGCUGGCAUACGACUACGAGCCCAGGGGUUCCCAGCAGAGCCUGGGCUACCAGACCAUGCCUACGCCCUACAACAGGACCAUGUCCUACACCUCAGUCUCGUCUCACCAGUCGUCCACAACAGGUGCCUGGCACGGUCACCUUGGGGGAGGGAUGUCAGAAUACGACAUGCCGGUUCAGCAGCAUUACCCCUCUUACGGCACUGCCCACUACAUCCACCCCGCCCACAGCAGAUCCUAUAUAGAUGUUAACCAAGCAGACCCAUACAUCAACAGCCAAACAGAUGCACACAUUAACAGCCAAAUGAAUUGCAGCUUGGAUCCAGAUGACCAGAGACUUUACUGGCACGAGGGCUCAUCCAAACCUGGAACAAUAGUCUAACAGUCAGACCCUUUCUCAACUUCCACUGUAUGACACUCUCAUGUGCCUUGAACUGCACUUAUCUGUUUCUGGAUGGAAUAAGGGAUCCGAAGAAGCAAAAGAACAACCUCCAUAAUGGUAUUCUGUUGACAGAGGGAAGGACUUAAAGGCAAUGUACAGCUAAUCUUUGUUCUCCAAAGAAUUGCCAAAGUGGGUCUGUCUGUGUACGCUCUCUGAAUGCAGUACGUGUGUUAUGUGUGUAUGUGUUGAUGGCACUUGUGGUGCACACUGAGUUUCACUGGGUGCUGUGGUUCCCGGGAUUCCUCUGAGAUGACUGUAGGUGAUGGGGGAAUAUAAACGGGACUUGUUCUGUGACCAAUAAAUGGACAAGCUGAGUGCUCACCAAGACAAUGAGGGAUCUCUUACACAUUGAUACGAUUACAUGUUCAAAUGAAGGAUGGAAAUUGGAUUUUGAGUUUAAGGAUGGCUGACCUGCUGAAUCCUUCUCCUGUCUCUGCCAGUUUCCAAAGGCCUCUCCUGUAGCUACCGUUCAGCAAUUAGUGCAAUUCUUAGUUGUUUUGCAACAACCAUUUACAAAGUAUUUCUCACUGUUAGUAAUUGCGUCUGUAACUGCCAAAUGCUUCUGUCUGUCUGUUAGUCUAGACAUGUUGGCUUUUAUAUCUUCAAAACCAUGUUAACACUAUCAGUGACCGUUAACCGUAAGUCUAUUACAGGGCUUCAUUUUAUCGCUCAGUGCAGUAAGACAUGAUUCCAGACAUUUUUAUAUUUUCUGCUCAUUGUGUCCCAUGCUGGAAUCCAUGGACUGGUGCUCUCGAUUCCUCUCAAGAAGCAAUUUGUAUAUUGAUAAUGUAAAUAGAUUGUACGGUUCCCAUUGUUUUUAGAGCAUUUUUACAUAUUUUAAGAAGCAUGUAAUAUAUAGUAAACAAUCAAAUUUGUUAAGCUGGUUCUUAGUAAUUUGUAUAAUUGAAAUGCGUUUGAAUUAAAACAUAAACAUUUUGAAUUA